GUAAACUUUCGUGACGGUCGGGUAGGUUAACACGUGGCAGUUGUAUGGCCAUCAUAUGCCUAAGUUACUCCCAUUUUAAUCAUGCAGUUGAUUUCUACUCGACCUACAUUUCAUGUUGUCCAUUAAGAUGACAUUACUACCACGGCUUCCGAGGUGCUUUUUACCCGGUCGACGGGUGUCUUCUUCCCGGAUGGUGACGGGUUUUUUUGAAAGAUGCUCUCGUCUUUACGCUACAAGCCCGAGGAAAAAACAUUCAAGACGAUUUCUUAGCUAUCAGAAAGGAUUUCUGACUCGCGGAUUUCGAUCAAAGGUGACUAGACAUAAAAAGGUUACCGGGCCAAUAUUAUGUGAAAAGGGGGAGAGGGGUAGGGAAAAAUAUUUGGCAAGGAUUUAAAAAAAAUUGCAAGGGCCCCCUCCCAGGCCAGAAAAUAGCAAGUGCCCCGCGUUUUUAAUAAGUUAUUUAAUUUUGACCCUCCCCUCCCCCCCAAAAUUUUUAGGUGUUGGUGAUGCAGUUUUGUUUUUAUAAUGGGGUGUAUGAAGUUGACCCGCCAAUACACUGGGCAAAGCCAUUUUCUUAACAGUGACCCCUUACCCUGUUGGGACUCCCUUAUUUGGCCUAAACAAUAUUAUUAUAUGCUGCUAAACAGGGCAUGGUUUUUAGGGUCUUGAGUUGUAAACAGGGUAUACAAUCUCACUUUUUAGGGUCUUGAACAGGUUGUUAUUGGACCUUUUUAAGCUGCCUGAACUUCUAAAAUGAAUUACUAACAUACACAACUAAUAAGAAUCAGUUACAAGCCCUUUGAUAUCCCAUUAUGGCAUUUUCUCAUCAGUUUAUGUCUGCCAACUCUCUUGUUGCCUGCAGAUUGAAAACUUUAAUCUCAUGCCAGCUCAAGUCUUUUGUUUUUUAUAACAACAGGGCAACAAUGUUAUUUUAAUGGGGAGUCCUGGAGCUGGCAAAACAACUGUAGGUAGAAUCCUGGGACAUCGCUUGGGAAGAAAAGUAGUUGAUGUUGAUGAUGAUGUUUUGGAAACUGUGUGGGGAAUGACAGUUGCAGAUAAGGUAAGGACUGUGAUUCAAGAAAGAAAGAAAGAUAAAAAGCUGCUUUGAACAUUCCGUUUGUCCAGUCAGUUCCGUUAUUUCUAUAAGUCUAAAAAUUAUUAUCCAUUCCAACCUUGUUCAAGUCCCACAGGGGCCAGGGGUGGAGAUAAAUGUAAAUCUGCGGUGUAUAACAGUUCUGCUAUACUGCUAUGAUCAGAAACUGCCUAAUCUUUGUCUACUUUUUCCAAAGAUGUCCUGGUCUAAAGUAAUUGACAGCCUUGAAGUCCAUCUAUUCAGUCAAAAUAUGCAGUAAUUCAAGAGCCAAUGAGAAAGGCUAUUGCAUUCCAGCAGUUAUUAGCCAUCAUUUAGCGUCAUAAAGGAAACUGCCUUUCAUUAUUAUGUUUUCCACAAAUCAUGUUGGAACCCUUAACUUUGCUGUAGUAUUAAACAUGCUUUAUUUCCUAAUCUUUUCUGUGUUAUUGAACAUUAUUAUUAUGAGGAGAAAUUGUUAAAUGUUCUUUGAGCUACUUUUGGGUUUACUGUUAGCUGUUUUAAGAGCUUAAAGUGUGGAGCAACUAGGUAAGAAUUCCUUUAAUGUUGACUUGUAUUCUCUUAUACAUGUAGCUCUCACAGGUUGGAUCAGAUGGCUUUGUCAAUGCCGAGGGUCAGGCUCUCUUGCAGUAUUCUACUAAUGACGCAGUGAUUUCUCUGAGUGGUUCUAAUCCAAUGCACAAGAAAGCUAUGGAACAUGUCAAAUCUCUUGGGACGGUUGUGUAUUUGGAUGUGGAGGAUGGUGAUAUUUUGAAUCGGCUAGCUGAGAUGAAAGUGAAUCGCAUUGUUGGACAGAAUGAUGGUGAAGUGAUUUACAAAAUAUAAGUUUGCCACUUAAAUUUCUAAGAGAUACAGUACAGUUCAAUAUUCAAAAUAUAGCUGGCAGAAAAUAAUAUUGAGAAAACUUCAGGAGAAAAAUAAAAUUUCUUUCGAGCCUGCCGUUCAAUGACAUCUUUGAAUGGUUUUCCUGGAAAUCUUGUACCCAGAUCUUACUGGUGUCAGUGUGACCGUAGGAGAUUUGGGUACAAGUUUAGGUUCCCGUUGAAGAAAAAAAGCGAUAAUUUUCAGAGAUAGAAGUCUUAUAGUUUCACAAUAGGCGCAUGGAUUGUUAAUUUUAACCCACACAUUUACAAGCUGCUAUGGCAACAAUUUAAGUGUAAAAUUUGUAGUCCGGUGGGUAGGUAUUCUCUGUUUCUAGUCUAAAUUGUGCUGAUGAAUGUGAUAGGGUAUAGAGUGCGUGAUGGUCGCCUCUUUGUAGGUCUGUAGAUGUUUCAAUAAAGGUAAAGUAUGAAAAAAAAGAGUUUCAAAAUUCCAGUGGCACACCUUCACCUAGAAUGCAAAACAUUCCGUAUUUUUGCGUAUUGAAGUACACGUUAGCAGUCAAACAAAAGGUCUGGAACGAGGCUGAAAACAGAAAGCCAGACUGGGGAGAGACGCUACGGGCGUGUGAGGCUCGCGCGCUUCGCGCGCGUAAGACUCUUACGCCACGCUUUACGGAUUUCUUUACUGNCUUGAAGUCCAUCUAUUCAGUCAAAAUAUGCAGUAAUUCAAGAGCCAAUGAGAAAGGCUAUUGCAUUCCAGCAGUUAUUAGCCAUCAUUUAGCGUCAUAAAGGAAACUGCCUUUCAUUAUUAUGUUUUCCACAAAUCAUGUUGGAACCCUUAACUUUGCUGUAGUAUUAAACAUGCUUUAUUUCCUAAUCUUUUCUGUGUUAUUGAACAUUAUUAUUAUGAGGAGAAAUUGUUAAAUGUUCUUUGAGCUACUUUUGGGUUUACUGUUAGCUGUUUUAAGAGCUUAAAGUGUGGAGCAACUAGGUAAGAAUUCCUUUAAUGCUGACUUGUAUUCUCUUAUACAUGUAGCUCUCACAGGUUGGAUCAGAUGGCUUUGUCAAUGCCGAGGGUCAGGCUCUCUUGCAGUAUUCUACUAAUGACGCAGUGAUUUCUCUGAGUGGUUCUAAUCCAAUGCACAAGAAAGCUAUGGAACAUGUCAAAUCUCUUGGGACGGUUGUGUAUUUGGAUGUGGAGGAUGGUGAUAUUUUGAAUCGGCUAGCUGAGAUGAAAGUGAAUCGCAUUGUUGGACAGAAUGAUGGUGAAGUGAUUUACAAAAUAUAAGUUUGCCACUUAAAUUUCUAAGAGAUACAGUACAGUUCAAUAUUCAAAAUAUAGCUGGCAGAAAAUAAUAUUGAGAAAACUUCAGGAGAAAAAUAAAAUUUCUUUCGAGCCUGCCGUUCAAUGACAUCUUUGAAUGGUUUUCCUGGAAAUCUUGUACCCAGAUCUUACUGGUGUCAGUGUGACCGUAGGAGAUUUGGGUACAAGUUUAGGUUCCCGUUGAAGAAAAAAAGCGAUAAUUUUCAGAGAUAGAAGUCUUAUAGUUUCACAAUAGGCGCAUGGAUUGUUAAUUUUAACCCACACAUUUACAAGCUGCUAUGGCAACAAUUUAAGUGUAAAAUUUGUAGUCCGGUGGGUAGGUAUUCUCUGUUUCUAGUCUAAAUUGUGCUGAUGAAUGUGAUAGGGUAUAGAGUGCGUGAUGGUCGCCUCUUUGUAGGUCUGUAGAUGUUUCAAUAAAGGUAAAGUAUGAAAAAAAAGAGUUUCAAAAUUCCAGUGGCACACCUUCACCUAGAAUGCAAAACAUUCCGUAUUUUUGCGUAUUGAAGUACACGUUAGCAGUGAAACAAAAGGUCUGGAACGAGGCUGAAAACAGAAAGCCAGACUGGGGAGAGACGCUACGGGCGUGUGAGGCUCGCGCGCUUCGCGCGCGUAAGACUCUUACGCCACGCUUUACGGAUUUCUUUACUGAUUUUGAGAAAAAAAAAAACCUUCACCAUAAUCGGUCCAAGUACACCUCUCUCCCACCCCCUUCGUUGUUCCCUGGCACUAGCUGAUCACGUGAUUUUUAUUUCAGGGAUAAGUAUGAGUGAGAUUCUUCAAUAUCGGAAGCAAUUUUACGAGUCCAGCUACGAUGUUCGCAUCACUUGCGCUCGUGGUGAUUCUGCUGAAGAAAUUGCGAGCAAAGUGUUCCAAGAACUAAUGGACUCCGCGGGUGAUGCGGGAUACGUCAGCACAAGAACGGAAUACGCGGACGGGGAAGAAAGUCCGGGGUUUUUAGAUGUCGUAUUGGAAGGUCUAGCUCCUGACGGAGGGUUAUAUGUACCCAGAAAAAAGAUACCGCUCCUCUCUUUAGGUUAGUUUUCUAGGUGUCUUACUUUGUUUAGCGGGCUUUUGCACAUUUUCUAUAACUCCCAAGCGCCUGCUACAUUAUUCAGGGGUACCCAACGAGAGUGUAGUUCAAAGCCACUUAAAUACAGCAUUGUUAAACGUAUUUUAGUAUUUAAACGUUGGAUAUAGGCAUAUUUUUAUCCCCUAAAAAGUUUUCAUCUGUUCGGAUUUCCUAGCUGAAAGUCUAGUGAUCCGAAAAUUAUAGGGAUCAAAACUUACCUUUUCGACAAUUUUAGCCAGAAAAAAGGCUCCCGAAAAUUUUAGGUGACUUUUUUAGGGUAAAAAUCCGUUAAUAACGGGCAAUUUUUAGAUUUUCUAAAAUCCUAAGAGAGGCAGGCAAGCGAAAAAUUCUACAACAAAUGUUCCGAAAAUUCUUGAUCUCAAAUCGUCUUCCGGAACAGAUGUUUUCCGAAAAUUGACGUUGGGUGCCCCUGAUUGUUGUUUGACGACACAAAAAUGGCAGCGUAGGAGACUAGCAUGAUCUAGCCUUCCACGCGGACGAUCUCAGGGCUUCAUCACGCCUUCCUUCUGAGAGGAAAGAACGCGUGACAAACGUCUGCGUGGGACACUACAAUGAUUUCAACAGUUUUUGGAAGACCCUUCUUAGAUGGUUCAGUUGAAUUUCUUUACAACCGCCUUGGCUACUCUGCAGAGCGGCUGCCUUCUCUAUAAACCAGCCUUGUGAAAGUUCGCCCUUCCUUACCCCAGUUUAGAAACGAGGAGGGAACUAGAGUCAAAAUGUUUCCCGCAAGUGUGUCUGGGAUCGUUACAGGAGACGCGCCGAUCAGCUAAUAGGGAACUUAAGCAAAGACGUUUUUGAGCAACGCACGUUAACCGGAAGUGGGUUUUUGCAACCUUGUGCAGUGGUUUUUCGGCAAAUCUUCUUUACAAGAGAAAGGACUCUUAGCAGUACAAUUUUAGUAGCGUUUAUGAAUGUUAUUUAGGAAAAGGCCUCACUUCCAGUUGACGUACGUCGCUCAAAAACGUCUUUGCUUAACCCUUUAGGUCCCAAGAGUGACCAACAUUAAUUUUCUCCUAACAACAUCAGCAGAUCAUCAAGAAUAAAGGUUAUGAGAAUCACUAAAUUGAUUACCAAAGGGAGAACGCUUUGAUCUUAAACCAAAUUUUCUCAACUAUUCUUAAAAGAAAAGUAUGGAGAUUUGUAUGUGGAUCUUUUGGGGCUCAAAGCGUUAAGCUACCAAAUAUUGACCAUUUUUCCCUUAUCCUUAGUAACAUUCGCAGAAGUCUUUGCGAUAGUUCACUCGACCCAGUUUCUUUCCCGUUUUCACAGUGGCCCCUUUGUUCCUGUUUUAGAUCAGUGGGAACGACUUGUAAACUGCAGCUACAAAGAAAGAGCUUUACGCAUUCUAGAAACAUGGUUAUCACCUACCGACCUCCAUCCCUCUAUCCUUCAGUCCAUGGUAACUAAAGCAUACUCUCACAACUUUCUACACGAGGCGAUAGCUCCUCUUGUCAAACUUAAUGACCAGUAUUAUGUGCAUGAGCUAUUUCACGGACCAACAGCGUCCUUCAAGGAUCUUGCCUUGCAGUUAACGCCGCAUUUUUUUAGCGAAGGUAUCUCUAGGAGGUCGGCAUCUGAUGGACCUGUUAAAUUUCUGAUUCUUGUGGCUACGUCUGGUGAUACCGGAAGCGCCGUGCUGGAAGGUUUCAAGGGUAUGUAUGAUUAGUGUGAAGAAUAUACAGUGGAAGCUCUUGUAAUCUGCUGCGCUCCAGUUGAAUUUGUUUCACACGAGAAGCGUAUUGGGUACGACACAUGCCCUUGGGUACCUAAAAUUUACAGGCACCAGUUCUUAGUGAUACCUUGGCCUGCGUAGCCUGCGGGGUUGUUAUGUCCGGGGUACUUUCUUGGUGGCGGAGCUGCGAGGGAUUUCCGCUAGCGGCGAAAUGCAAUUUGACUUUUUCCCAAUCUUCUCGCGGCUCCACCAUCAAAAAACUACAGUACUCGCUUGCUAUUCCCACCAGCUUCGCGGGCUAGUGAUAUCUGGAAGUGCAUCAUUCGUUUCUUGGUGCCUCUUUAAUCUGAUAGAUAAUUCCAUUAACUUCCAAAGGUAACCCUAAAACUCCAGUCAUGGUCCUCUACCCAAAAGAAGGAGUCAGUGAAAUCCAGAAAGCGCAAAUGGUAUCCGCAGAUGACCCGAAUACGCGUGUUAUUGGAGUAAACGGUGACUUUGACUUCUGUCAAACUGCAAUAAAGACAAUCUUCAACGAUUUAUCCUUUAACAAAAAGCUUAUGGACACCUUUAGUGUGCAAUUAAGUGCCGCGAACUCCUUAAACUGGGGUAGGCUACUACCACAAGUUGUGUAUCACGCCUCUGCUUACUUGGAUCUUGUGAAAUCCGGAGCGAUUUCGAUGGGCGAGAUGGCAGAUUUAUGUGUACCAACAGGAAAUUUCGGCAAUAUUCUGGCGGCGUACUAUGUCAAGGUAAGAUAUUGUAAUUAUUUUUUCGGGCUUUCUUUCUUUUUUAUCUCAACUGCAAAGGUUGCGUCUAUAACUGCGAUGAUCUUCGUUCAUAUAAUUCUACACCCGGUAGUUCUCAUAUAUGAUUUCCAUAUAUUCUUAACUUUAUGAGAUGGUAGUUUACAAAUCUGAGGCGUUUUCUAUGAGUUAAAAGCAGAAUUGUCUAUGCCAGCCUUGUCAAUCAGCCAAAUCUGAUUGAGAAUUCUGUGGAAUGGCAAAUUCGUGACUACCAAAUUGAAAUUUACGCAAUAUUCCGGAGGCGUGGAGUCAAGGUCAGUAUGUAAAAAAACCUUAUAAACUCUGGGCUGUUUUUUCCACAGGAAAUGGGCAUACCUUUCAACAACCUGGUUUGUGCGUCAAACGAGAACAACGUUCUAACAGAAUUUUUUCAUACGGGAUCAUACAACAUGGCAACUCGUCGCCUACAACCAACCAUCUCACCAUCCAUAGAUAUCCUUAAAUCAUCAAAUCUAGAGAGACUCAUUUAUCACGUUUCUGGGAGUGGAACAGUUGUGGCCAAUUUGAUGAGGUCGCUGGAAGAAAACAAGAUCUUUAAGGUUAGUGCAGGGCUUGUCUGAGAAAACGGCCGACAUUUCUUCACGCCACCUUUAGUUUCCCCGCGAAAUGUCGUCAGAGGAGCAAGCGGAGAAAUACACCUCUCUCCCACCCCCUUCGUUGUUCCCUGGCACUAGCUGAUCACGUGAUUUUUAUUUCAGGGAUAAGUAUGAGUGAGAUUCUUCAAUAUCGGAAGCAAUUUUACGAGUCCAGCUACGAUGUUCGCAUCACCUGCGCUCGAGGUGAUUCUGCUGAAGAAAUUGCGGGAAAAGUUUUCCAACAACUAAUGGACUCCGCGGGUGGUGAUGCGGGAUACGUUAGCACAAGAACGGAAUACCCGGAUGGGGAAGAAAGUCCAGGGUUUUUAGAUGUUGUAUUGGAAGGUCUAGCUCCUGAUGGAGGGUUAUAUGUACCGAGAAAAAACAUACCGCACCUCUCUUUAGGUUAGUUUUCCAGGUGUCUUACUUUGUUUAGCGGGCUUUUGCGCAUUUUCCAUAACUCUCAAGCGCCUGCUACAUUGUUUAGGGGCAUCCAACGAAAAUAUAGUUCAAAACCACUUAAACAUAGUAUUGUUAAAUGUAUUUUAGUAUUUAAACAGUGUGUAUAGGCAUAUUUUCAUCCCCUAAAAAGUUUUCAUCUGUUCGGAUUUCCUAGCUGAAAGUCUAGUCUUCCGAAAAUUAUACGGAUCAAAACUUACCUUUUCGAAAAUUUCAGCCAGAAAAAAGGCUCCCGAAAAUUCUAGGUGACAAAUCCGUUAAAAACGGGCAAUUAUACCAUUUUUUAGAUGUUCUAAAAUGCUAGGAGACUAGGCAGGCAAGCAAGAAAUUUUCCAACAAAUGUACCGAAAAUUCUAGAUCUCAAAUCGUCUUCCGAACAGAUAUUUUCCGAAAAUUGACGUUGGGUGCCCCUGAUUGUUGCUUGACGACACAAAAAUGGCAGCGUUGGAGACUAGGAUGAUCUAGCCUUCCGCGCAGAAGUUCUCCGGGCUUCAUCACGCGUUCCUUUUGCGAGGAAAGAACGCAUAAUUAACGUCUGCGUGGGAAACUAGGGUGAUCUCAAUAGUUUUUGGAAGACCCUUCGUAGAUGGUCCAGCUGAAUUUCUUUACAACCUCCUCGGCUACUCUGAAGACCGACUGCCUUCUCUAUAAACCAACUUAGACAGCCGUGUGAAAGUUAGCCCUUCCUUACCCCAGUUUAGAAACGAGGAGGGAACUAGUUGCCGAAAUGCGUCCCGCAAUUGUGAGAUUGUUACAGGGGACGCGCCAAUCAGCUAAUAGGGAACUUAAGAAAAGACGUUUUUGAGCGAUAGGCGUUAACCGGAAGUCGGCUUUUUGCAUCCUUGGGCAGUGGUUUUACCCAAUUUUUCGGCAAAUCUUCUUUACAAGAGAACGGACACUUAGCAGUACAAUUUUAGUAACGUUUAGGCAUGUUAAUUGGGAAAAGGCCUCACUUCCGGUAGUCUGCUACACAGACGUUUUUAGUGUCGUCACGUUAGUGGGGAGGAGCGUUGCGUGACGAAACUAAAAACGGCUGUGUAGCGGACUACACUUCCGGUUGACGUACGUCGCUCAAAAACGUCUUUGCUUAAGAUCCUAUUGACCAUUUUCCCCUUAUCCCUAGUAACAAUCCCAGAAGUCUUUGCGACAGUUAACUCGGUCCAGUUUCUUUCUACAGUGUGUAGCUUUCACAGUGGCGCCUUUGUUCCUAUUUUAGGUCAGUGGGAAAGACUUGUAAACUGCAGCUACAAAGAAGGAGCUUUACGCAUUCUAGAAACAUGGUUAUCACCUACCGACCUCCAUCCCUCUAUCCUUCAGUCCAUGGUAACUAAAGCAUACUCUCACAACUUUCAACACGAGAUGAUAGCUCCUCUUGUCAAACUUAAUGACCAGUAUUAUGUGCAUGAGCUAUUUCACGGACCAACAGCGUCCUUCAAGGAUCUUGCCUUGCAGUUAACGCCGCAUUUUUUUAGCGAAGGUAUCUCUAGGAGGUCGGCAUCUGAUGGACCUGUUAAAUUUCUGAUUCUUGUGGCUACGUCUGGUGAUACCGGAAGCGCCGUGCUGGAAGGUUUCAAGGGUAUGUAUGAUUAGUGUGAAGAAUAUACAGUGGAAGCUCUUGUAAUCUGCUGCGCUCCAGUUGAAUUUGUUUCACACGAGAAGCGUAUUGGGUACGACACAUGCCCUUGGGUACCUAAAAUUUACAGGCACCAGUUCUUAGUGAUACCUUGGCCUGCGUAGCCUGCGGGGUUGUUAUGUCCGGGGUACUUUCUUGGUGGCGGAGCUGCGAGGGAUUUCCGCUAGCGGCGAAAUGCAAUUUGACUUUUUCCCAAUCUUCUCGCGGCUCCACCAUCAAAAAACUACAGUACUCGCUUGCUAUUCCCACCAGCUUCGCGGGCUAGUGAUAUCUGGAAGUGCAUCAUUCGUUUCUUGGUGCCUCUUUAAUCUGAUAGAUAAUUCCAUUAACUUCCAAAGGUAACCCUAAAACUCCAGUCAUGGUCCUCUACCCAAAAGAAGGAGUCAGUGAAAUCCAGAAAGCGCAAAUGGUAUCCGCAGAUGACCCGAAUACGCGUGUUAUUGGAGUAAACGGUGACUUUGACUUCUGUCAAACUGCAAUAAAGACAAUCUUCAACGAUUUAUCCUUUAACAAAAAGCUUAUGGACACCUUUAGUGUGCAAUUAAGUGCCGCGAACUCCUUAAACUGGGGUAGGCUACUACCACAAGUUGUGUAUCACGCCUCUGCUUACUUGGAUCUUGUGAAAUCCGGAGCGAUUUCGAUGGGCGAGAUGGCAGAUUUAUGUGUACCAACAGGAAAUUUCGGCAAUAUUCUGGCGGCGUACUAUGUCAAGGUAAGAUAUUGUAAUUAUUUUUUCGGGCUUUCUUUCUUUUUUAUCUCAACUGCAAAGGUUGCGUCUAUAACUGCGAUGAUCUUCGUUCAUAUAAUUCUACACCCGGUAGUUCUCAUAUAUGAUUUCCAUAUAUUCUUAACUUUAUGAGAUGGUAGUUUACAAAUCUGAGGCGUUUUCUAUGAGUUAAAAGCAGAAUUGUCUAUGCCAGCCUUGUCAAUCAGCCAAAUCUGAUUGAGAAUUCUGUGGAAUGGCAAAUUCGUGACUACCAAAUUGAAAUUUACGCAAUAUUCCGGAGGCGUGGAGUCAAGGUCAGUAUGUAAAAAAACCUUAUAAACUCUGGGCUGUUUUUUCCACAGGAAAUGGGCAUACCUUUCAACAACCUGGUUUGUGCGUCAAACGAGAACAACGUUCUAACAGAAUUUUUUCAUACGGGAUCAUACAACAUGGCAACUCGUCGCCUACAACCAACCAUCUCACCAUCCAUAGAUAUCCUUAAAUCAUCAAAUCUAGAGAGACUCAUUUAUCACGUUUCUGGGAGUGGAACAGUUGUGGCCAAUUUGAUGAGGUCGCUGGAAGAAAACAAGAUCUUUAAGGUUAGUGCAGGGCUUGUCUGAGAAAACGGCCGACAUUUCUUCACGCCACCUUUAGUUUCCCCGCGAAAUGUCGUCAGAGGAGCAAGCGGAGAAAUACCAUACUGAUGACGUGUCACUACCCACAUCUGUGUAGUUCUUCUGAUUGGUCGUGCCGCGAGGGAAAUUUGCUUCAACCAAUCAGAAGUACAGCUCAGAUCUGGAUGGUGACGCGUCAUCAGUAUGGAAUUUCUGCGUUGAAUCCUCAGACGUUAUUUGCAGGGGAAACCAGUUGUGGCUCUGCGAAAUGUCGACCGUUUUCUGAGGCUAGUAAAGGCUUCAUCUCCCCAUGCGAUAACCCUGUUAGUACAGCUUGUGUCUAGGUUUCCUCUCUCAGCGCGCUGCAGUUACAUUUCGCGAAAGAGCUGUGUCAUUUCUUGCCAUACUUUGGCGGUGGUUUGCUGACCAAGAUCUCCGUGAUUCGCGAACGGUUGGCCAAAACUUAUUUUAAGCAAUCGUGACGGCGACAAUAGCAAGGAAUUCCUAUAACUACAAGGAAAAGAUCAUUAAACGUUUCUAGGAAACUGCCCACCUACCCCUCCCCUAAGCCAUCAUUUUGCUGAGUGUUAAUGGCUUAGGGGAGGGGUAGGUGGGCAGUGAAUGCACCUCUUCCCAACUUCCCAACCCGACAUGCGCGUUCUGAAUUUCAGUACAUUUCUUUGCCUUUUUUUGCAACGGCAACUUGUACUGUUUGAUAUUAAGUGUAGAGCCCACGUACCUUUUUUUUAACUGAGGCUGUUUUUGUCACCUUACGAGCAGAGCCUGUAUUCGUCUUCUCGCGAGGACUGACGCCAAAUUCAAGCAGCCGAAAAGAGAAAGGCUCUGCCGACAGGGCGAAUUUUUGUUUGCGUCGCCGUCAUAAUUGCGUGAACUGAGCCCUUUACGCUUGUCUUGGUUGAAAAUUGUUUAAAAAGCAACGAAGUUCCGCAAUGUUUCAAACUUUAACCUUGUUGCCGUAUGUGAGACACGCUGUAACGAUGUUAAAAGCUUAACACGUCUCGAAGUGUCAAUGCCAUUUUCUUAGAUUUCAGAUGACCUUAGGAACGAACUAUCCACCGUAUUCAAAGCCGACUUUACCUCAGAAGAAAGGUGUCUGGAUACAAUUAGAUCCACCUUUAAACACACAGGGUACGUAAUGGAUACCCACACAGCUGUCGCAAUGGACAUCGCCAGCCGCUUUGCACAUCCUAAUCGACCAAUGAUCAUAUCCGCUACUGCGCACUACAGCAAGUUUGCCUACGAUGUUCUAACUGGCCUUCGUCAGUACCCAUCAUCUCACCACCCCGCGGAGUUGUUCUCAAGUUUGCGCAAGCUUGACGCUCGACCUCCGUUGCAUGCAAGUCUUGAAUAUGUUGUUAGUCGGCCCAAAUUACAGAAUACAGUCUGCGAAGCUAACAUUAGUACACUGAUGAAAGAAAUAGAAAUCUUUUUAAAGCGAUAA